GUAGCUCUGAAAUUGUCAACAGGAAAGGCCGACUGUCAUGGCGAAGUCUUGAACAAGACCUCCUGAAAUGGCACUUCUCUGACAUUUAAAAAAAUUUUUUUAACCCCUCUUAACUUUUUAUUUAUUUUUUUUUAUUUUUAUUUUUUUUAAAAAGUGCUUUUAAACAUUUUAAAGAGGAAGCAUUUCCACAAUGAAAAUCAGUUACAGCUUCCCUGCCCUCCUGGUUUUCUCCAUAACAGCAUGGAGCUGUUAUGGACCUGCCCUCUGCGCACCCCACUGUGGCCGUUCCCUUCAGGUGCUGGACGAAAAAAUUGGAGUGAUCAGGAGUUCUGCUUACCACAGCUGGUCCUACCGCUUCGGCACAAUCUAUGAUUGCUGGACCAUCACGGGCCCGGAAGACGAGCCGAUCAUUCUCAGCUUCUCUCAGUUUUCUGUCCGCUGUAAAAAAGAAUGGGUGUCUAUAAAUUCAUCAGCUGGAGGCGAGCCGAUUGUCCUGUGUGGCUCCAAGCUGCCGCAGCCGGUCGAACUUCCAGGGGGAAAUAUUACAGUGAUGCACCAUUUCCUCCCUCAUCUGUACCCUGUGUCAUCAUUUCUGUUGAACUACGCAAGAGAUCCAAAUGAAGGCGACUGCCCAGAGACAUCAUUUGAAUGCCACGGGGGUCGCUGCCUUCCGCUCUCCUGGCGCUGUAAUGGGCAGGUGGAGUGUCUCGGUGAAGGUAUUGACGGUAUCGGCAGCGAUGAGGUGAACUGUGACGCCGAGGUGAACAAGCCAGAGGAUCAAACUGAGAUGUAUCCAGAGAGGAACCAUUACUGGGACAUAUCCCCUGAGGGGGACUUGGAAGAUUAUCUCUCGCCAGAAGAGAUCGAUCCGGUUCAGGUGGAUCGAGAACAGCCUCAGACACACAGGGAACGUGCUGUGACACCCACUCCUAUUGAAGGGCCUUGUGGAGGGCUCCUUCAGACGUUUUAUGGGACCUUCUCCCCUCCAGAUUCUCAGGGUCGUAAUCAGUACUGUGUUUGGACUCUGGACCCUCAGGACUCCAGGCCGCUGAGACUGGACCUGCAGCAGCUGGCGCUGGGGUCUAGGGACCGACUCACUGUCUACAAUGGAGAGGAAGGCAAAGGAGACAUUAUUAAAAUUAUCACCUGCUCCUCCAAUUCCAAAUCAGUCCAAGUUGAAUCCAACACCGGCGUGAUGUCGUUGGCAUAUAACAAAGUUUCAAGCUUGGAGGCAAUCGGCUUUAACGCCACAUUUCACGUCAGGAGCUACUGCCCUCCGUGGGAAGGUCGGUGCGGGGGAGCGUCGGGAGGCUGCUUCACCCAGGAGCAACGCUGCGAUGGGAAAUGGGACUGUCCUGAGACCGGGAAGGAUGAGGAGGGCUGCAGGGGCUGCAGUCAAAACCAGUUUGCCUGUGGAAUGGCAGGACAGAGAGCGGUGGCGUCCACCCACUAUGCUAGCAGACCAGUUUGUUACCCAGUGACCGAGAGGUGCAACUACCAGCUGUACUGUGCUGACGGCAGCGACGAGAGGGACUGCACCGUGUGCCAGCCGGGUACCUUUCACUGUGACAGCGACAGGUGUGUGUUUGAGAGCUGGCGCUGUGACGGCCAGGUGGACUGUAAAGACGGCACAGACGAGCUCAACUGCACAGUCAUCCUGCCCCGCAAGGUCAUCACCGCGGCAACGGUGGGCAGCCUGGUCUGUGGACUUCUGCUGGUCAUCGCCAUGGGCUGCACCUGUAAACUGUACUCGCUGAGGACGAGGGAGUACAGCAUGUUUGCUCCAAUCAGCCGCCAUGAGGCGGAGCUCAUCCAGCAACAGGCUCCUCCUUCCUAUGGUCAGUUGAUCGCACAGGGCAUCAUCCCACCAGUGGAGGACUUCCCCACGGAAAACCCCAAUGAGACCUCAUCUCUUUCUCUGAGAGGAAUUCUCCAGCUCCUGCGCCAGGAUGCCGCCAGCUCCCCACACCGCAGGCGUAGGCCCCGAUUUAUCCGCCGGGCUGUUCGCCGCAUGAGAAGGUGGGGUCUGAUCCCCAGGCCCGCCUCCAGGCCCACUCAGUCAUCAAACUCCAGCCAGCAGCAGCAACAGUCAGACGCCGCUCCGUCAGGGCAAGAGCCAGCUCGCUCCACGCCCACGAGCUCCUCGUCGGCCGUGGAGGCGGUCAACCAGCCGGUGGCCCAGAAACUUGGCUUGUUGGCCCAGCCGGUGCAGGAGCAACCUCUGGAAGCACCGCCUCCUUUACUGCCGCUGCCUCCACCUCCACCUGUCUCCUCCCCACCUCCCCCUCCGUACGCUCCCCCAGCUCCGCCCGCCGUCACUCCCCACACUCCUCCUGUUGCUGUCCCCCCAAGCAGCCCAUCUCUGGCUUCCAUCUUCCACACGAUAGGCCUGAGCAUCUCCCGCUUCAGGGUCUCGCCCUCGUCUUCUUCUUCCACCAACUCCAUGCCCCUCUCUGCCUCACCUUCCUUCUCCUCCUCCUCCUGCUCGGAUGACGAGGUGCUGCUUAUCCCCCUCACUGAGGACAACACUUCAGAAGACGAUGUGCCCAUGCUCACCUGAACGCCUACGUCACCCCUCCCUCCCCUCCCUCUUUGUCUCUCACUAUAAUAACUGAAACCCAGUCUUUCCACAUUUGUCUGAACUUAAGCACAGGAGUGGCCCGCGGUGAGACUCUUCCUCUCUGUGCCGGUCUGGUGCCUUUUUUUUUUUAAAAUUGCUUUGAGUUGCUGACAUAUGAAAUUGAGUAUUUUUAAAAUAGACUUCCUUAAGAAAGUGCAGACUAAAGGCACAGCUGAUGAAGAAUUGUAGAUGAAUAUUAGGUGUGAGCACUCGAUGAACGCUGGGCUGCACGUAGAAGGUGAAUUUUUGCACAGAAGAAUCUUCCUUAUCCAGAUACUGAGGCAGGCUACUGUCAGGUUGAAUGAUUAGAGCUCUUAUCAUGGAAAUUGUGUUUGUGUGACUGCGACUGUGUGAAUGCAACUGCAUUUUAGUCUUGUGUAAACAGCGGAGUGUGAUUGCACAUGAGGAGUAUUUUCAGCGUACUUCACUUGCACCCAGUCUCAUGAUAUAUCACAAAAAAAUCCCCCUGUUUAAGUGCCUUUAAGGAGUUUCCUGUAGAUGUCUCGAGGAUGUUGAGAGGAUUCCUGAACACACACACACACACACACACACACACACACACACACACACACACACACACACACACACACACACACA